UUACUGACUUUUUAGAUCCUAAUCCUAAAAAUACUUAAGCACAUACCUAACUCUGUGUGUGUGAAUAGUCAAGUUUAUGCUUGAAAAUUUACAGCCCUAUAAUGGAAAUAGUUAACUGUAACAUUGUGUUUAGUUUAGGUAUUUUGUAAGAGGAAAAAAUCUCAACUUUAAAUAUCUGUCCAAAGCCCCAAGCCUUUCAGUGCUGCAGCUGUGAAAGGGACACUGAACAGAAAGGAGGUUUCAGUUCUGGAGGGUUGUUUUUUGUCUUAUGAAAGAACCUUGGCCUCGAGAGAGGGGAGUAGCUAUGGUGGAAACCAUCGGUUUUCAAUUUCCCACAUUAGGCAGAUCUAGCUGGUACCUGACAUACAUCUCCUAGGUAGGCUGCAACCCUGCUGGGAUUGAGGUGGAAUGCCGCAGGUGGGACCUGUCCCCUACGUGGACUGCACCACUGUGAGCUUGAAGUGGACCAUUGCAUGCUGGGACCUGUCCCCUAGAUGGACUGCAGCAGUGCAGGCCUGAGGUGGAGUGGUGCAUGCUGAGAUCUGACUUCUAGGUGGGCCGCGCCUAGGGUCUUCGCACUGCUUGGUUUGUGAUGGAGUGGUGCAUGCUGGGCCUGCUGUCUCUGGAUAAGUCAGCUGCCCUGAGAGGGUGAGUAGGGGAGCACAUGCUGCUGCUCUCCAUUUGUACCACUCAGGUGAAGAGUUUUGGCUCCAGGCCAGAAGACAAUCAGAGCAGCCUCUCAUUUGGGCAGGAGACCUGUGGUAUGGGCCACAUCAGGCAGGCCCACUGUAGAGAGACUAGCUGCUAGCACCAAUACUGGGGGCAUUAAUUUUCAAAUUCCAAGAUGGCUGCUUAGGUUAGCAGGAACCCAAUAUCCAAGAUGGCCGCCGGGGAGGACGCCCACAUCUGUAAUGGCUGCUUAGGUGACUGGGGGAGGUUGCCCACAUCCAAGAUGGCCAUAGCAUUGACGUAAAGAGUUGUACCAUAGAGAGGAAGGCGGGCUUGUGUCUACGUGCGUUUUUUUUUUCUAUGGUCGAGGGAGGCCCAUGGGGAUUUGUAUGGCAGCCGCAGUAACGUUCGUAAGGCGCCCGGGCAGCUGAGCGGCUCCGGCCCCCGAGCGCUGAGGGGCCGCCGGAGGUUGGGAGGAUGCCCCUGGCCGCCUACUUCUUCCUGCGGGCCGUGGGCAAGGGCAGCUACGGGGAGGUGAGCCUGGUGCGGCACCGGCAGGACAACAGACAGUACGUCAUCAAAAAGCUAAACCUUAAACAUGCAUCCAGCCGAGAGAGGAAAGCAGCAGAACAAGAAGCCCAGUUGUUGUCUCAGCUGAAACACCCCAACAUAGUCACCUAUAGGGAGUCCUGGGAGGGGGAAGAUGGCCUGUUAUAUAUUGUCAUGGGCUUCUGUGAAGGAGGGGACCUGUAUCAUAAACUUAAAGAGCAGAGAGGCAAACCUUUGCCAGAGAAUCAGGUGGUGGAAUGGUUUGUCCAGAUUGCCAUGGCAUUGCAGUAUUUACAUGAAAAACACAUUCUACACAGAGAUCUCAAAACUCAAAAUGUUUUCCUGACAAGGACAAAUAUUAUCAAAGUGGGAGAUCUGGGAAUAGCCAGAGUGUUAGAAAAUCAGUAUGAUAUGGCCAGUACUCUCAUUGGCACACCUUAUUAUAUGAGUCCUGAAUUGUUCUCCAACAAACCUUACAACUACAAGUCUGAUGUUUGGGCUUUGGGCUGUUGUGUUUAUGAAAUGGCCACGCUGAAACAUGCCUUCAAUGCUAAAGACAUGAAUUCUUUAGUUUAUCGAAUUAUUGAAGGAAAGCUGCCACCGAUGCCAAAGGAUUACAGUCCACAGCUGGCAGAACUAAUAAGAACUAUGCUUAGCAAAAAGCCUGAAGAAAGACCCAAUGUGAAAAGCAUACUAAGGCAACCAUAUAUCAAGCAUCAAAUCUCUCUGUUUUUGGAAGCCACAAAGGCAAAAACAGCCAAAAAUCAUCAGAAAAUAUCUGAUUCUACACCCAGAAGUGCUGCUUCUGUGAUCUCGGUGAGGACUCGAUCUAAUAAUGGAAACCUCACACCCAAAAAACAUCCCUCUGAGCAAGCCAGGAGAGAAAGUGCCAAUGAAGAAAAACAUUUAAUCAAAGAUAAAACUUUUGAAAUUCAUCCCUCAGAGAAACCAGCAGCUGAGCCUGAAAAAAAUGCAAACAAGAAUGAGAAGAACAGCACAGGAGUUUCCAUAGCAACAAUUAGCAAAGUGAAUAUUGAUAUUUUACUGUCUGAAAGGAGGAACUCUAAAAGUGAUCACUUACUACAGGAUAACAAAGCAAGGUGCUUAAGCAUUCCUAGUGAAGUAGAAUCUAAAAUAACAUCUAAUGGCCCACAGACUAAGGAAGAUAGACUACAGCAAAACUCAAAGCAAGUUUCUGGAACUGAAAUUGUGGAUUCUAAGCAGUUUGCUGCUGUUGUCUCAGAUGAAGGAGAUGACACUUUGAAACUCCUGCAGCCUGUCUCAAAGGACCAAAAGCAAAAUGAUGACCAGAGUUUGGACUCCACUGAGAAGCUUCUAGCAUCGUUUGUUCCUGUCAUAAUUCAAGAUGAAGCCUCUCAUGGAAAUCCAGAAGAUGUUCAGGAAAAAUUCACUUCUUACUUACAGCCUCAUAGCUCUUUCUAUGAACCUUCUCUCUCACGGCAGCAAUGGCAGAAGAAAAGGGAGCUAGAUGAAGUCUGUUCAGAGAAGCUCACAGAAGUUGCUCCGUGGCCCUUACCUUCUCUUCCUGAUGUGAAUAUGAAGACAACUUACAGCCCUGCAGAUCAGCAUGGCACUAAAGUCACAGAGUCUGUAAAUAGCUCUAAAAAUAGUGAGAGAGCAAUUUCAGAGGGUAGACCGUUGUCGGCAAGAGAGAGGAGGAGGCUAAAACAAUCACAAGAAAAGAUGUUUCCUUCUGUGCCUGCGGCAAGACGAGCAUCACAUAGUGCGGUAGUUGAAGCAAAAUCACUUGUGGAAAAUCUUAUUACAGUUACUCAGUCCUCGUCAGAUCCCAGUAUUUCUCAGGGGAUUAGCCCUGAAAUCGACAUCGCAGGGUCGAAUUUGGGGUAGUGUGGAUGCAAUUCGACAGUAUUGGCCUCCGGAAGCUAUCCCAGAGUGCUCCAUUGUGACCACUCUGGACAGCACUCUGAACUCGGAUGCACUGGCCAGAGAGACAGGAAAAGCCCUGCAAACUUUUGAAUUUCAUUUCCUGUUUGGCCACCAUGCCAAACUGAUCAGCACAGGUGACCGUGCACAUCUCAUCAGCAGAGGUGACCAUGGAGUCCCAGAUUUGCAAAAGAGCUCCAGCAUGGACCGAACAGGAGGUACUGGAUCUGAUUGGUGUAUGAGGAGAUGAAUCUGUGCUGUCAGAACUCAUUCGAAAAGACUAAAUGCCAAAAUAUUUGAAAAAAUCUCCAGGGGCAUGAAGGACAGAGGCUAUAACAGGGACCCACAGCAGUACCACAUGAAACUUAAGGAGCUCGGGCAAGCCUACCAAAAAACCACAGAGGCAAACGCCUGCUCGGGAUCAGAGCCCCAGACAUACUGCUUCAAUGAUGAGGUGCAUGCAAUUCUAGGGGGUGCCCCUACAACUACCCCACACCUGUACGUGGACUUCUGCAAGGGAGUCUCACGCAACAGGGAUGAGGAUUUGUGGGACGAG